AUGUCCCUGUCGCAAGAAGCCGCCUCAUGGCUCUCGCCGCCAGCUGUGCAGCUCUCUCCUUCACCACAGCCUGGAGAUAAAGCUCCCUCUUGCCCAGAACUGCCCCUCCCAGCCGACAACAACAGACCAACCAUCAUCUCAUUCCUCAGGCACUGUGGAUGUCCUGUGGCGGAAGCAACUUUUCUCGAGUUGCGCACUGCCGCUGAGAAUCACCCUGAGAUCAACUUUGUCGCUGUGUCGCAUAGCGACCAGCCAUCAACAGAAAGAUGGUUGGAAUCUAUUGGUGGGACCGGGGAAUCUGGCUCUAACCCCGUGACGGUCAUUGUCGAUGCUGAGUGCAAGAUCUAUGCGCAAUGGGGCCUAGGAGUGACUUCUUGGGGCCAUGUCCUGAGUCCAGCUGGACUUCUAGCUAUCGGGAAGUUGGGGUGGGAAAGGGGGAUCUGGAACAGGCCUACCGAGAGUGGUAGUCGAUGGCAGUUGAGUGGCAAUUGGGCGGUUGACGCCGAAGGAGGAGUGCGCUGGGGAGGACCUGUGAAGCGAGCUGAUGAGCUGAUAGAUAUUGAACAGGCAAUUUAUAGCAUCAAAGCUUGA